UGCAGUGCUCGCAUCUCGCUUAGCUCCAAUGGAAGAUGUUGGCGGCGGCGCCACCCGAUUGCACCACCCGCGCGCCUCGCGGUCCUCCGACAGGUUUUUGGGGAUCGUAGGACCGCAACCGUUAUCCGCCGCGUCUCCGGUGGAGCUUUCCGAGCAGGAUAUCUUCAACACUCCAUCGGGGAGUUCGCCGCCUUCACCUACCUACUCCGGUUCGAGGAGCCCUAACUCGACGCGAAGCGCACCACAAACUCACAGACGCGGACAGUACGGCAUCCUAGCGGCUCUCAAUGACAAUCUCAGAGCACGUUCCGGAUCCGGAUACGGAAUCCGACCAGUGUUCAACCACAAGGCGUCUACAUCGGCAUCAUUAUCUUCAUCCUCCUCGAAUUCUCCGGCGACGACCUCCGCCACGUCUCGGAUGAUGAUUCCGAGGAGGCAUCCGCCUCCGCCGCCGGUCGAUAGGACGCGGCUACGGCAUCAAUCCGCGCCGGUGAACGUGCCGGUGAUGCCGCCUGCGAUGAUGCGGAGAGCUAGGGAUUUGGAGAACGUACUAUCGGAGAAGGAGGGGGAAGACGAUGAGGAGGAGAAGACGAAUGGAGUGAUAUUGCCGCCGCACGAAAUGCUGGCGGCUAGGUAUUCGCCGAUAUUGUCGUCGUCGGUGCUGGAAGGGGCGGGUCGGACGCUGAAAGGCAGAGAUCUCAGGCAGUUUUUAUGUGUAAGAGCUGCUUAAAUUUAGUCAUAUUAGAAGAGGGUAAAUGUUAAAGACGUAUGAAUUUCAGAGCUGCUAGGAGUCUUAUCAUAUGAAGAUACAAAGUUAAAUAUCUUACAUUGUAUUAGAAAUGUCAAUGGAUGAGUGGAUAUAGGACAAUGAUUUGAUACUGAGCUUGUCCCGACCUGGUGAUGUUUGGAAAUAGUAAAAAUUUAUAUGAUAUGUGUUUUUGAAACGAUGAAAAUAAGUAUUUGAUGUGAUAUUUUAAAUAAAAGUCGAUCAUCAUAUAGAGUUGUUUGAGGUAAUUCAUUUUAUUU